GACUACUGUAGUGCAUAUACAGUACAGUAUGGGUUGACGUAUUGACUACACUGUACUCACUGUACUGUAUUGACUGUAUUGAGUGGCUGUGAGUGCGAGUACUGUAUUGAGUGCACAAACUGUAGUCCAGUGUCUUAGCCGGUGAUCACUGCGUGACUGUUGACUGCAUUGAUCUGCAAACCUAUCACUCAUUUGCUAACAAUUACCACAUCUGUCACCACAAAUGGAUGAAGAGUACGACGCGAUUGUGUUGGGAACUGGUCUUAAGGAGUGCAUCCUGAGUGGUAUGUUGUCGGUGUCGGGCAAGAAGGUGCUGCACAUCGACACCAAUAAAUACUACGGCGGAGAGAGCGCCUCCAUUACGCCCCUCGAGGACCUGUUCACCAAAUUUGGUUUCGACCCGUCGAGCACUUCCAUCGAAGAGUACGGACGAUCACGUGACUGGAAUGUGGACCUCAUUCCCAAGUUCCUGAUGGCUAAUGGCUCUUUGGUGAAGCUGUUGAUCCACACGGGAGUAACUCGUUAUCUGGAGUUCAAGUCAUGCGAAGGCAGUUAUGUCUAUAAGGGCGGCAAGAUCUUCAAAGUGCCCGCCGAUGAGAAGGAGGCGCUGUCUUCGAGUCUGAUGGGAAUGUUUGAAAAGAGGCGUUUCCGCAGUUUUCUGCUAUUCGUUCAGGACUUCAAUAAAGAGGACCCGAAGACGUGGAAAGAGAUCGACCCGAAGACCACAAACGGGUCUCAAUUGUACGAGAAGUUCGGUCUGGACAGAGACACCGCUGACUUUACUGGACACGCGCUGGCGCUCUACCGGAACGACGAGUAUCUACAGGAGCCGUGUUUAGAUCUGAUCAAUCGUGUGAAGCUCUACAGCGAAUCGUUGGCUCGAUAUGGGAAGAGUCCCUAUUUAUACCCAUUGUAUGGGUUGGGAGAACUGCCUCAAGGGUUUGCGCGACUCAGUGCUAUCUAUGGCGGCACUUAUAUGCUCGACAAAGCUGUCGAUGAGAUAAUUGUGGAGAACGGGAAGGUCGUAGGCGUGCGGUCGGGCUCUGAGACGGCCCGAUGCAAGCAAGUCUACUGCGACCCCUCCUAUGUGGGCGACCGGGUGCGCAAAGUGGGACAAGUGAUUCGCUGCAUAUGUCUUCUCAAUCACCCCAUUCCUAAUACCAAAGACGCGCUGUCCUGUCAGAUCAUCAUUCCUCAGAAACAGGUCGCUCGCAAAUACGGUAUUAUGGGUUGA